AUUAAUGAGUUGAUCAUGAAUUUACAACUAUCAGUCAUGAAGGUCUCUCUGGGAUCCGUGGUUACGCUCACUCUCUACACUCUCCUGACUGCCCACAUUUCAGUUUUGGUCUCCGCCACUACAAUAACGCUUUACAAUAAAUGUUCUCACCCCGUUUGGCCUGGCAUUCAGCCAAGUGCAGGCAAGCCUUUGUUGGCUAGAGGUGGUUUCAAGCUCCCACCCAACAAGGCUUACUCUCUGCACCUUCCACCUCUCUGGUCUGGCCGCUUCUGGGGCCGCCAUGGCUGUGCAUUCGACGCAUCUGGGCGAGGCAAGUGCGCUACAGGGGAUUGUGGGGGAGCCCUUUUCUGCAAUGGCAUUGGCGGCACACCACCAGCUACUCUUGCUGAGAUUACACUUGGAAAUGACCAAGAUUUUUAUGAUGUAAGCCUUGUUGAUGGCUAUAACUUAGCCAUUUCCAUUACUCCUUCGAAAGGCUCAGGGAAAUGUAGCUAUGCUGGGUGUGUUAGUGACCUUAACAUGAUGUGUCCUGUUGGUUUGCAAGUUAGAUCUCAUGAUAACAGGAGAGUGAUGGCCUGUAAAAGUGCUUGCUUUGCAUUCAAUUCUCCAAGGUAUUGCUGCACAGGCAGCUUUGGGAACCCACAAUCCUGCAAGCCGACUGCUUAUUCUAAGAUCUUCAAGGCUGCAUGUCCUAAGGCAUACUCUUAUGCUUAUGAUGAUCCUACUAGCAUUGCUACUUGUACUGGUGGAAACUAUUUGGUCACUUUUUGCCCUCAUCACGGUUAGAAAGAACAACAUUUCUCUCUGCUUUUUCUGUUGUAUAUGCUACUUCUGGAUAGGAGUUUAUGAGGUUUGUAUUGGCUUUUACUGAUGCCAAGUUCCCAACUUUCUCUAGGAAUUACUGGGUUUUGGCUUGUAGUAAUGGGUGGUUUUGGUUAUUUUGUGGUAAUGGUUGGACUAUCAAUAUGAGUUUAAAGGAACUAAGAAGCUCUAA